AUGGCUAGCGCUAGUGGGGAGGAGAAGGCGGCAGGGCGCGUGGCGCUGCAUCGGCUGUUCGCGUUCGCGGACACGACGGACGCCGCGCUCAUGGCCGUGGGCGCCGUCGCCGCGGUGGCGAACGGGAUGGCGCAGCCGCUCAUGACCUUCAUCUUGGGCGACGUCAUUGAUGCCUUCGGCUCCGGAACCACCGACGGCGUCGUACACAGGGUCGUCCAGGUGAUAAUGAACUUUGUUUAUCUUGCCAUUGGAUCAGGAGUAACUUCAACCCUCCAGGUAUCAUGUUGGACAAUUACUGGAGAAAGACAGGCGGCACGAAUCAGAGCCUUGUAUCUCAGGGCAAUUCUGCGACAGGAUAUUGCAUUUUUUGACAUGGAAAUGAGUGCUGGGCAAGCGGUUGAGAGGAUGGCAGGGGACACAUUCCUCAUUCAAGAUGCCAUUGGAGAAAAGUUGUUGACAGGACUCUCCACCCGAAUACAAGCAAACUAUGGUGAUGCUGGAAAUGUUGUGGAGCAAACUCUCGGUGCCAUUAGGACGGUUGUUUCAUUCAAUGGAGAGAAUCAGGCUAUAACAAAAUAUAACACGUUCAUAAGAAAGGCAUAUCAAUCUUCUCUGCAAGAAAGUGUUGUAAAUGGCCUUGGAUUUGGUUUAAUAAUGGCAAUCUUAUUUUCAAGUUAUGGGUUGGCUGUUUGGUAUGGAUCUAAACUGAUAGUUGAGCGAGGUUAUAAUGGUGGCAUGGUCAUUUCUGUUAUCAUGGCUAUCAUAAUGGGAGCAAUGUCCUUAGGUCAGACAACACCAUCAGUAACAGCUUUCGCAGAGGGUCAAGGAGCAGCAUAUAGAAUGUUCAAGAUAAUUGAACGCACGCCAGAUAUUGAUAUAGAUGAUACCACAGGUAUCAUAUUGGAGGAUAUCAAGGGUGAUGUUGAACUGAAGGACGUGUACUUCAGCUAUCCCACCAAGCCUGAACAUUUGAUUUUUGAUGGAUUCUCGUUGCAAGUACCAAGUGGAACAACUAUGGCCCUAGUUGGUGACAGUGGCAGUGGGAAAUCAACCGUAAUCAGUUUGGUGGAAAGGUUCUAUGAUCCACAGGCUGGAGAAGUCUUGAUUGAUGGGGUUGACAUUAGAAGAAUGAAGCUUGGAUGGAUGAGAGGAACAAUUGGUCUUGUCAGCCAAGAACCAGUGUUAUUCUCAACUACAAUAAGGGAAAACAUUGCCUACGGAACAGAAAAACUAACGCUUGAAGAGAUCAAGAGAGCAAUAGAGCUUGCUAAUGCUGCUAUAUUCAUUGACAAGUUACCAAAUGGUCUUGACACAAUGGUCGGGGAACAUGGAACUCAACUGUCUGGAGGGCAGAAACAAAGAAUAGCAAUUGCUAGAGCAAUCAUAAAGAACCCUAAGAUCUUACUACUGGAUGAAGCAACCAGUGCGUUGGAUAUGGAAUCGGAGCGGGUAGUUCAAGAAGCAUUGAAUAGGAUAAUGGUUGAAAGGACAACAAUUGUUGUUGCUCAUCGCCUAAGCACGGUGAAGAAUGCUGAUGUGAUAUCUGUCCUACAGCACGGGAAGAUGGUGGAACAAGGUUCACAUGUUGACCUGAUGAAGAUACCUGGAGGUGCUUACUCUCAGCUGAUUCAUCUACAUGAGACUCAACAAGAGGCAGAAAACGUCCACCCUGAUAUGAAAAUUACAAACAGUUUUGGCUCCAGAUCUAUUGAUAGCAAACCAAGGAAAGAAGCUACAGACAAAGUGUCUAGCUCUCAGAAGAAAGCUUCGAUUGGCAGACUCUUCCAUCUGAACAAGCCAGAAACUUUUGUUCUUGCACUUGGUUCUAUAACUGCUGCCAUGCAUGGUAUUAUGUUUCCUAUAUAUGGCAUAUUGAUUUCAACUGCGAUAAAGGUGUUCUAUGAGCCACCUGAAGAACUACUGAAGGAUUCCAGAUUCUGGGCAAGCAUGUUUGCUGUGCUAGGCGCUUGCACAUUUGUUUUGAUUCCAAUAGAGUACUUCCUGUUUGGACUAGCAGGUGGAAAGCUUGUGGAGCGCAUACGUUCAAUGACGUUCCGAAGUAUAAUGCGCCAAGAAAUCAAUUGGUUCGAUAAACCAGAACACUCGAGUGGAUCAAUUUGUGCAAGGCUAUCGACUGAUGCUCUGAAUCUGAAGCGACUAGUUGGAGACAAUUUAGUACUUAAUGUCCAGACUGCAUCAACUAUCAUAUCAGGCUUCACCAUAGCAAUGGUGGCAAACUGGAAGCUGGCACUGAUUAUCACAGUUGUGAUCCCUUUUGUGGCUUUCCAAACCUAUGCUCAGAUAGUGUUCCUGAAAGGUCUCAAUAGUAAUGCAAAGUUGAGGUAUGAAGAAGCAAGUCAAGUAGCAACUGAUGCAGUUGGUGGCAUCAGAACUGUAGCGUCUUUUUCUGCUGAAAACAAGGUGGUGGACGCCUAUGAGAAGAAGUGUAAAUCUCCAAGAAGGCAAGGGAUAAAGGAAGGUGUUGUUGGUGGCUUGGGGUUUGGCUUCUCAUUCCUUGCUUUCUACCUCACGUAUGCUCUGUGCUUCUAUGUUGGUGCAAAGUUUGUUCAGCAAGGAACAGCAACAUUUCCAGAAGUGUUUAGGGUUUUCUUCGUAUUAGCUUUAGCUACAGGUGGGGUCUCGCGAACAAGUGCAGUUGGGGCAGACAGCGCCAAGGCUAAUGAUUCAGCCAUCUCUAUCUUUGAAAUUCUUGACCAUAAGCCUAAGAUCGAUUACAGCAGCGAGGAUGGUGUGACCAUCACAAGUGUGAGGGGUGACAUUGAUUUCCAGAAAGUCUGCUUCAAGUAUCCAUUGAGACCGAAUGUUCAAAUCUUCAAGGAUUUGUCAUUGAGAAUUCCUUCUGGAAAGACUGUUGCACUGGUAGGAGAGAGUGGAAGCGGGAAGUCGACGGUGAUUGCCCUACUCGAAAGGUUCUAUGACCCAGAAUCUGGUAAGAUCUUUCUUGACGAUGUGGAACUUCAGGCCCUCAAAGUUAGCUGGCUUCGACAGCAAGUUGGGCUUGUUGCACAAGAGCCAGUGUUAUUCAAUGACACAAUCCGCGCCAACAUAGCGUAUGGGAAGCAAGGGGGAGUAUCUGAAGAAGAGGUCAUUGCUGCUGCUGAAGCAGCCAAUGCGCACACGUUCAUCGCCGCACUGCCUGAUGGGUACAACACCAUCGUUGGUGAAAGAGGGAGCCAAUUGUCAGGUGGGCAGAAGCAGCGUGUUGCCAUCGCAAGGGCCAUCAUAAAGGACCCCAAGUUACUACUGCUGGACGAGGCCACAAGUGCGCUAGAUGCCGAGUCAGAGCGAAUGGUUCAAGAGGCGCUCGACCAGGUGAUGGUUGGUAGAACCACCGUGGUGGUGGCACAUCGCUUAUCAACAAUCAGAGGUGCAGAUAUCAUCGCUGUUUUGAAGAACGGGGCAGUUUUGGAGAAAGGUAGGCAUGAAGAACUAAUGCAUGUAAAGGAUGGAACCUAUGCCACACUUGUUGAGCUCAGUUCUAGUUCUGCAUGA